AUGUCUAUAGCCGAAUUCUUGGAUGGCAUGCCAUCAUUUGAUGAACGCAAUUUUUCCCGUUUCCAUUCAGACAAUGGUCGAAGCAAGCGUGUACCAGUUUACAUAACAACCGAGGACCAACCUUGCGACCAAAUUAUUGUUACUGACAAGUCAAAUUUAUUACUCCGGUAUUUACAUAACCAAUGGGAUAAAAAGCAUGGAGGUAAAAAAAGGGAAUGUGUUGAAACAGGCGAAGAAGCUGGCUCAUCAUCUAGAAAACGUCCAAGAAUAGAUGUACCUAUAUUGUAA